CAUAUUUAAAGGUCAGUACGCCAAACAGGUCAGAUCAUUGGUUUUGAUUUUGACAUGUUUUUUUCAUGAGGUGCGCGGUCUUUCUGAUGUUUUCUGUUCGCGCGCUUUGUUUUGGUGGAGAGUAGGCUUGCUUUACUAAAAGCUUCUUACUCUCUGAUCGUGCGGACGAACCACACGACGCAGUAGGGACUCCCCGGCAGUGACAGUGCCGUGUAACCCAUCGCUUCAGGCAUGGCGAAGAAGGAGACGUUUAUGGAAGGCUCCGUUGUAAGGAUACGGAUGGAGAAUUUUGUCACAUAUACAUCAUGUGAAAUCUUGCCUAGUCCAUAUCUAAAUGCCAUUAUUGGACCAAAUGGAACUGGAAAAUCUUCUGUAGUGUGUGCUAUAUGCCUUGGUCUAGCCGGCAAGACGCAAGUGCUUGGACGUGCAAAAGAUGUUGGAGAAUUUGUCAAACAUGGUGCUGAGAAGGCCUUGUUGGAAAUUGAACUUUUUAACCCUAAUGGACGGAAUUGGGUUGUGAAGCGUGAGAUUCAUCGCCAAGGAAACAGGUCAGUUUGGUAUCUUGGCGGAAAGCAAGCCAAACAGCGAGAGGUGGAAGAACUGAUUAGUUCGCUGAAUAUUCAAGUGUCAAACCUGUGUCAAUUCCUACCUCAGGAUAAGGUAGUUGACUUUGCCAAGAUGAAUCCAUAUGAGUUACUUGAGAGCACCGAAAAAUCUGUUGGUUCUCAAGAAAUGUAUGAAGAUCAUAUGAAAUUGAAAGAGCUGCGUAACCAAGAAAAAAACAUGUUGAAGAAGCAUAAUGAGUUGGCGGAACACAAAGAGAAGUUGGUCAAAAUGAACCAACGACUAGAGGAAGAUGUGCGCAAGUUUCGGGAUCAGCAGCGCCACAUGCGACAUGUAGAACUCCUUGAACAAAAGAAACCAUGGGUGGAAUACAUUGAAAAGCGCAAUGAGUUCUUGGAACUAAAGGGUCAAAAAGAUAAACUAGGAGUACAGGUUAAAGAAGCCAGGAGAAAGAAUGAACCAAUGGCAAAGAAGGCAGAAGCUCUUGAAAUGAAGAAGAAGAAACUUGAUGAAGAAAUGAAACAGAAGCUUGGAGAAGUAAAAAACAACUUCCAGGUUCUGAACCGAAAACAUGAAAAGUUAGCUGACUUGGAGGAAGAAAUCAAAGAUGCCCAAGAAGACCUGACACAAAAGAAGCAGAAAGAAGAGAAAAGAAAAAAAACUGUUCUUGAUUGGAAGAAAUCUCUUGAGGGAUACAAGAAAGAGCUUGAUGAGAUUCCCGAGAGCUCAGAUAUCAAGCUGAAUAUUCAUAAGCAAGAACAUAUUCGAUACAUUGAGAAGACCAUUCCAGAGAAAGAAUUAUGGGCGUUUGUGUGUGAAGAUGCUGAUGACCACAGGCUUUUCAUGUCUGAAGUUCGAGAUAAACUAAAGUUGAGGAUUAGUGCAGUGAGUAUAGAACCGAUGCCACCGUUCCAGCCUCAGUACUCUAUUGAAAGACUACGCCAAUGGGGGUUUGAAUACUACCUGACAGACCUGUUUGAUGGACCAAAUGCUGUGAUAUCCUACCUAUGUAAGCAGUAUAGGAUUCACAAUAUACCUCUUGGAACAAAAUGGACACAAGAAAAUGUCAAAAAGGUGAUAGAGGAGUCUGGGAUACGGUAUUUCUACACACCAAAUGAACAGUAUUCUGUAUCAACAUCACGAUAUGGGGCGAGGAAGACGACAUCCAGAUCCACAAGUGUAACUGACCCUAAAAUACUAAGUAUCAGUAUUGACAUGGUUGCAAAAAGAAAUCUUGAGGUUCAACUGCAGGACCUUGAAAGCAAGAUCCAGGAGCAUGUACAGAAACACAAAGAGUUAGAGAAAGAGCGUAAAGGACUGACAGUAGAGGAUAACAAACUGCGGGACAAACGAAAACAACUACUCAAUCGACAGAACAGAAGGAAGACCGUCGCCUCACAUAUCAAACAGAAAACUGAUGCAAUUAGUAAAAGUGAACGAGAAGCGCUUAACAGUGAGGCAGAAGAACAAAGGUUUAAGCAAAAAGUGAAGAAUAUCAACACCAAGAAGGUCAAGUUGAUGGUUGACUUCAAAGACAGUUUAAUGGAAUGUGGCAAUAAAAGCAAAGACCGCGUUAUCAUUGCGCUCAAGUACGCCGUGGUUACUUCAGAACAAGCAGCUUUGGUGGAAGAGAUGCAGGAGACACAAACAAUCUUGCAGAAAGUCACUGCUGAACAUGCAGAAAUUGCGGAACUCGCUAAGAAUACCAAAGAGGUAGCCCGUCAGUUGUUAUGUACCGCUAAAAAAAAGACAAACACGGGACCAAAUGAAGAACUGGAUCCAGAGCUCAAAGAAAUAUUCAAGAAUUAUCCGGGAACGGUUAGCGAGAUUGAGGACAUGAUUCAUGAGGAAACGGUACGAGCAAGAAGUUGCUACCAAACUGAUGCCAAAGUUGUUGAUGAGUUUGAUCAAAGGGCAGAACAGAUUGAAAAAACUAAUGCAGAGAUAGAGAAACAUGGAAAGUUUAUGGAGAGACACACGAUUGAGAUUACAGAAGGGAAGCAAAGAUGGUUACCACCCCUUAGGAGGCUUAUCGAGAAAGUCAAUGAAUCGUUCAUUGAUUUCUUCAGCCAGAUGGGAUGUGCUGGGGAAGUUGCACUCAACUAUGAAAAUGAGGAUGAUUUUGAUAAAUAUGGAAUCAUAAUAAGGGUGAAGUUUCGCGCGAAUGAACAACUUCGAGAGCUGACCUCACACUACCAGAGUGGAGGUGAGCGUAGCGUAUCCACGAUUCUCUACCUGAUGGCCUUGCAAGAGAUCAACAAGUGUCCGUUUCGUGUUGUAGAUGAGAUUAAUCAGGGAAUGGAUCCUAACAACGAACGUAAAGUGUUUGAGUUUAUGGUUCAGACAGCAUGCCGUGAAUCCACAUCACAAUAUUUCCUCAUCACACCAAAGCUGUUACCAAACCUGAAUUAUGAACCAAAGAUGGCGGUGCAUUGUGUUUUCAAUGGGUAUCGAAUCCAGCCAGAGUUAUGUUGGAACAUAGAUACAUUUAUCAGGAAACAAAAGGAAUCAGAUGAGAAUGGAAUGUAGACGUUUGUUACGUAUGUUAGUGCAUAGUUGAGCUCAUAUUUGACAUUUUUACUGGACUCUGUGGGAUAAAAAAAGAAGUUGAUACAGAACUGGCUGUCAGCUUACAUAUGAAAAAAAAAAAAA